GUCGACCACUACAUUUCCCAGGAUGCUUUGCCAAAGAUGUCGCUUUUAGUGGACGCCAACGGAAGUGCGUCUGAUUGAGCGGAAGUAGUUCUCACGGGUUUGGAAGGUGAAAGCAGAAAGCUGUGAGGCAGUGGGUAAUGCGAGCUUCAGCCUCACCUCACUAACUGAAUUCAGUAUGGAGAAGUCAGAGAACUGUAAGGUUCCAGAAGAUCUGUUCAGUGGCUUGAAGAUUACAGAGCCCCAGGAAGCAGAGUGUGCCAGGCCUGCCAUUCCCGAUCCCAAAGAUCAGCAUUCCCAGAGCAAGUUGCUCAAGGAUGAUGAGGACCAGGGAGAAGAAGAAUGUUUUCAUGAUUGCAGUGCCUCAUUUGAGGAGGAAUCAGGAGUGGACAAGAUUCAGAACAAAGCUGAGGACGAAGUGAAUUCAUCUGAACUAGAUGAAGAAUAUUUAAUAGAACUGGAAAAAAAUAUGCCAGAUGAAGAGAAACAGAAAAGAAGAGAAGAGAGCACUAGACUAAAGGAAGAAGGAAAUGCACAGUUUAAGAAAGGAGAUUACACAGAAGCUGAGAGCUCCUACAGUCAGGCCCUUCAGAUGUGCCCGGCAUGCUUCCAGAAAGACAGAUCCAUUCUGUUUUCUAAUAGAGCCGCUGCAAGGAUGAAACAGGACAAGAAGGAGGCAGCCAUCAAUGACUGCAGCAAAGCAAUUCAGUUAAACCCCAGCUACAUCAGGGCGAUCCUGAGGAGAGCAGAGUUGUACGAGAAGACAGACAAACUAGAUGAAGCUCUGGAAGACUAUAAAGCGAUACUAGAAAAGGAUCCAUCAGUGCAUCAAGCAAGAGAAGCUUGUAUGAGAUUACCUAAGCAAAUCGAAGAACGUAAUGAAAGGCUGAAAGAAGAGAUGUUGGGUAAACUAAAAGAUCUUGGGAACUUGGUUCUCCGACCUUUUGGCCUCUCCACAGAAAAUUUCCAGAUCAAGCAAGAUUCUUCUACUGGCUCCUACUCCAUCAAUUUUGUUCAAAAUCCAAACAAUAAUAGAUAACCAGUUUUAAAAGAAAGUGUGUACUGCUUGCUGUUCGCAGGGGGCCAGGCCCUGCCAGUGUUUAACUGUCAAGAGCAUCUUACCUGACAGAACAGCCACCCAUUAGAGCCCAGUGCCACCUCUCUGCUCCUUCCUCGUGAGGGUGCCGUUUUGCUUCCAGCGCCAGGCACCACAUCUGCUUUCCAUUUCACGGAGCUAUUGCAGCUGUUGUGCCUGCCCAUCCAGGCUGGCCUGAGCCCACAGCCACCAGCCCGGCAGAGGUCUCUCCCAAGGAGCGGGCGAGGCAGCAGGGUCACCAGAAGCUUGCUGCCUCCCUGCUGAAGGCUGGCCUCGACACUCACUUCAAGCCUGCGUGUCGGCUCGCUGGCGCCCCCACUUUCCCCAGUAAUAAAGCUUCUGUGACCAUUUGG